AAGUUGUUACAUCAAAAGAAAGCAAAAGUGCAAAGUCUGAAAUCGUGCAUCUUGUGGAGGCUCUCAAUGGUGAUGUUAUAGUAAAUGGCUAAAAAGUGAAAUGUAUUAUUCUCUCCUCGUGUAGCUUUUGCAUUUGGUUCAGUUUCUAAAAAGUAAAAACAUUAUAUAUAAUUAUAAGUUGAAUAUCAACGUGUUGAGGGACUUGUAUACAUGAAAUAAUUCCUCAUUUUGUAACUCUCUUGAUAUUAUAUUGUCAAUUGUAUGAUUCUUCAAGUGAAAGUGAAAUUGUGAAAAAUGACCGCGAGUAGCGGAAAACACUUAACAUCACAGGCUUCGAAUGGAAAAUCGCCUUCAACGUCUUCAUCAGAGGCCACCAAUAUGCUUAGAACGGCUAUUUACACCAUUGUGGACGUUAUUGUAUUCCUCCUUGUCUCAUUGGGAUAUUGCAUUCAGGAUUGGUAUUUUAUAAUAUUUGGCAUGCCAAAAAAGAGCCUCAAAGGUGAAUUGGCUCUCGUAACUGGAGGCGGAGGUGGACUUGGAAGACUUUUAGCUCUAAGACUGGUUCGUGCUGGUGCUUCAGUUGUACUUUGGGACAUCAAUCCAGAAGGUUUGGAUGAAACCACAAAACUUGUGCAGUCAAUCGGUGGCUAUUGCAAGAGUUACGUGGUGGACAUCUCCAAGAGAGAGGAAGUGUACAAAGCAGCUGAUCAGAUGCGAAAUGAAAUUGGUGAUGUAACCAUUCUUAUCAACAAUGCCGGAGUAGUUUCCGGACGAGUCUUACUGGACACUCCGGAUCAUUUGAUUGAGCGAUCAUUCAAUGUCAAUGUUAUGGCUCAUUUCUGGACGGCUAAGGCCUUCCUGCCCCAAAUGCUGGAAAGUAAUCAUGGUCACAUUGUGACAAUUGCUUCUCUUGCCGGACAAGUUGGUAUCUCCAAACUUGUUGACUACUGCUCAAGUAAAUUUGCUGCUGUUGGAUUUGAUGAAGCCAUCAGAUUGGAAUUGGAAUUUCUGGGUGCCAAAGGAGUCCAUACAACUUGCAUUUGUCCGUAUUUCAUUCAAGCAACAGGAAUGUUUGAUGAUGUUUAUGCGAGAUGGGUGCCAACCCUGAAGUCAGAGGAUGUAGCAGACAGAAUAAUUGCAGCCAUUAGAAGGAAUGAGAAACUGGCGAUUGUACCUUCCUACCUCAGAUUUAUGCUAGCACUCAAAUGGAUAUUUCCAUGGGGUUGCACAGCAGGCUUCCUGAAACGCCUCGUGCCAGAUGCCUCUCCUCAGCACAGUCUUCAUGCCACUGAGGCCAUUCCGAUAGUCAAUAAUAAUGCAUCAGGAAAGAGCAAAAUUAAUGGGGUAAACAGUCAAUUGAGCAAUAAUAAUGAUAUAAAAGCAGUUCAAACUUCACCUCAUCUGGUGCACAGGGUUUCAGUGGGUGAAAGGGUGCACUGAACUAUUUUAUUGUGACGUAAUUUUGCCUUCAAAUUGCAGUUUCACUUACAUUGACCAUUGAGAAUUUUAAAUGUUUAUUCUUCUCUUCAACUCAAAACCAAAUUGAUCUCUUUCAUAAAUAUUUAAGCCACGAUAAAUAAUUUUCAAUUUGCAAUUUCAAGUAUAACAUUCCAAAACAAAUUAGGAAUUAAAACAGAAAACAUUUCAAUAUUCCUAUAAAAAUGCAAUAAAAUUUGCAUUAUAGGUAAAUGGAGCGUAAAAUUUUGUAAUUGAGAAUUAUAGUCCAAGAACUCUAAAGAUCAAAGAAUUGGUAUUUUUUGAGCAUUUAACGAAAUGCAAGGGGUGAGUCAUAUGAAAAGAUCAGGUCCUUUUGAUCAAUGAAUGGCGAAAAAUGUUCUCGGAAAUCCAAGCCAUUCAAAAGAAUUAAAAAAAGAAAAAAACCCGAAAGAGUAUUCGAAAUAGAAGAAAACUUUGAACGAAACCUAAGAAAUAUUGGACACUUUUUGCAUAAUCCGAAGAAAACUUUCGAGAAACGUUCUCGGAAAUCCAAGACCUUCAAAGAAAUUAAAAAAAAAAAUAACAAAGAAAAUCAAAAACCCGAAGGAAUAUUCGAAAUUGAAAAAUGUUUGUACGAAACUUAAGAAACCUUUAACACUUUUCCCAAAAUUCGAAGAAAACCUUCAUAAAACGUUUUUGUAGAUCCAAAACCUUUGAAUAAUAUUUAAAAUAUAUUUAAAAUUCUUAAGAUGUUCUAAAAAAUUGAAGAAAAGUUGGAGGACAUGGAAAAAACCUUAAACACUUUUCGCAAAAUCCGAAGAAAACGUUCGAGAAACGCUUUUGUAAAUCCAAGACAUUCAAAAGAAUUAAAAAAGACAAAGAAAGUCAGGAAACCCGAAAGAGUAUUCCAAAUUAAAGAAAAGUUUGAAUGAAACCUAAGAAACGUUGGACACUUUUUCGUAAAAUCCGAAGAAAAUUUUCGAUAAACUUUUUGGAAAUCCAAGACCUUUAAAAAAAAAUUAAAAAAACAACAACAAAGAAAUUCAAGAAAUCCGAAAGAGUAUUCCAAAUUGUACGAAACCUAAGAAACAUUUAAUACUUUUACCACAAUUUGAAGAAACCUUUUUUGAAACGUUUUCGUAGAUCCAAAACCUUUGAAUAUAUUUAAAAGUAAAUUCUAAAAAAUUGAAGAAAAGUUGAACGAAACACAAAAAAACUUAAACACAUUUCGCAAAAACCGAAGAAAAUAUUCGAGCAACGCUUUUGUAAAUCCAAGACCAUCAAAGAUAUUUGAGAAACCCAAGAAGCUCAAGAAACUCUAAAGAGUAUUCGAAAUUUAAGGAAAAUUUGUACGAAACCUAAGAAACCUUUAACACUUUUCUCAAAAUUCGAAGAAAACCUUCGUGAAACAUUUUCGUAGAUUCAAUGCCUUCAAAUAUGUUUGAAGAAACCCAAGAAAUUCGAGAAUUCUAAAGAGAAUUUCGAAAUUAAAGAAAAAUUGAACGGAACACAAAAAACCUGAAACACUUUUCGCAAAAACUGAAGAAAGCCUUCGAGAAACGCUUUCGUAAAUCCAAGACCUUCGAAGAUAUUUAAGAAAUCCAAGAAACUCAAGAAACCCUAAACAAUAUUCGAGAAACUUGUGGAAAGUUUGUACGAAACCCAUGAAACCUUUACCACUUUUUGCAAAAUUCGAGAAAAUUUUCCAGAAUCGUUUCCGUAAGUCCAAGACCUUCGAAGAUAUUUGAGAAACCCAAGGAAUUUAUGAAACCUUAAAAAAUAAUUGAGAAACCCAUGAAAAGUUUAUACGUAACUCAAAAAACCUUAAACACUUUUCGAAAACCUUCAGGAAUGUUUAAGAAACUCAAAAGAUCUUUAAAGAAAUCCAGAAGAACUUGUUGCGAAAUCAAAGAAACCCUUUAUAAUUUUCGCUAAACAUAGAAAAAACUAUGAGAGAUCUUAGCGAAACCCAGAAAAAUUAAAGAUUUUUCCAGAAACCGAGGAAAUUAACCAAUAUAUCAAUGAAACGUUUCGUUAAACCUAAGAUACCCAAGGUUUCCUAGAUACACGAGGAAAGAUUUCACGAAACUCAAGACACAUUGAAAAGUUUUUGCAAAACCGAACAAACUAAAGAGAAGUUUCGUAAAACCCAAAACAAUCAAGAAACUUUUUAGAAUACUUGAAAUAUUUCAAGAUACUUAAAAAGGGUGCCCGAAAAUGGAGAAACUUUUAGAGAUGUUUAAAGAAGACGUACGUGAGGUUAGAAUUGUGACAUUUUUAAGGUUAACCUUCAAUUCUGAGUUGUAAAACAUGCAAAAUCUCUUUAUUUCAAAUAGAAAUGUUAUCCUGAUAGGAAGUUAUGAAACUUUUUGAUAACUUAAAUUCCAUGAAUUAGGGGAAAGUACUCUCCUUCGAACGUUUAUAUUUAUACCUUAGAAUAAUGUGAUUUUUUGAAGUUUUCCUACGAGAUUUACACAUUUCUAUUAAAUGUUAUUUAGCUUAUUAUCAAUUAUUGAUAAUUAUGUGGAAAUCAUGUGGAAAUCUCCUAGAAAAAGUAAAAGAAAUUCACAUUAUUCGAAGGCAUGAACGUUCGAAGGGACAGUACUUUUCCCUACUUGUGCUCUUUGUGGUUAUGUGAGGUUAUGUUCAACAUAACCUUACAUUUCAUAAUGACAUUUUGGUAAAUUUGUAAAAAAAAACUUGGCUUAUGAUUACUUCAUUGCAAAAUUUUACAAAGAAGCUAAGAAUAAUGUUAAAAAUCUAAAUAAUAAUAAAUAUUCUCUAAAAUAUUAUCUGCUUGUGAUUAAAUAUUUAAUAAAAUGUUGAUAAUCCCAAAAUUUCAAAUUCAAUCUGGCAAUGUAAAUGAAACCAAUAUAUUUGACUAUGUAUGUAUAUAAUUAGUAAUUAAAAGAUUACUUCGUGAUUUUAGGAAAUACUAUGACUAAUAGAAAUUAUAAAAAAAAGUAAUUUGAGAAUUGUGGUAUGGCCAAAUAAGCUUAAGGGUUUUAAAAAUUAGGAGAUUUGUAAUAUUAUUUCUGAGACUUUUAUAUAUUGUACAUAUUUUUUUUCAAAUAAAAUGCUGAUGUGAUUCCAAGAA